AUGAGAAGAAGACCUACGGAGCCGCAAUUCCUGGGUGGUCUAAACCCUCAGAUAACGGAAGACCUAGAUAACUCGCGUGCUUACAACUCCAUGAGAUCAGUGAGCACACCUAGUGGAGGACCACCAGAAAUAAACCGAAAUCAUCGAAUCUCCACUAGUUCUAUAUUUUCGUCCAGAAAAUCAAGGUACACCAACAACAAUACAAACGACUCGUUCAGCGACGUCUCCCUGGUAGAUUCCGGAAGCAUAUUAAGCGGUGGAGGGACCGCUUCGAAUGCCAACCCCAACUCCAACACUGGAACUGGCAGUGCCAACCCCACUCCUAGUGGUCCCUACGGAUACCCAUAUCCUUCUUCGUCACGGAGGACAACAUCUUCUGCGUCUGCAAUAUCCUUGCCAAUAGCCCAGACCAACAAUAUCAUGCAUUCCAACGGAAGUAGAACUAAUAUUAUACCUUCGCAACAAAUUACAUCUUCCAAUCACUCACGACAGGCUUCCACGUACAGCAUAUCCACAAGCACCCUUAAUAAUAAUAGCAACAGCAACAGUGCCAACAAUAGUCCUGUGAAGCAGAAAUCUUCAUCUUCAGUCAGCAGAAAGGGUAGUCACUCUUCGGUGAUAUCUAGACCUUCUCUUUCCUUGACCAACACUAAUGACACACUAACUAACGGCAGUGCAUCUGCAGGGUUCAUCUUGGAAAAACCCAAUCUGGUCUAUGAAAUAGAUAGAAUGUUUAGAGAGUUGAUGGACAAAAGAGAUUUUAGGUCUCUUCCUCCACAGGCUAAACAGGAAAUGAUUAACUACAAUCCUGACAAGAAAUGGAUGCUUAUAUACCAAGACGCACUAACAGAACAUAAAAGGUACGAAAGACUGAUGAACAAUAAGGAAGAAAGCGCUACUCCUGAAUUCUACUCAUACAAAUUGAGGUCUAAUACUAUAACGUCACAGCAAUUGAAAAACCUUUGGGUUUCGUUGAGAACCGAACCAAUUGACUGGGUUAGAGAAUUUAUCUUCAGUUAUCAGGGGGACACCGUAUUGUCAAACUAUUUGAUAAAUUUACAGAAAAGGAUUGAUGAAUCCAACACCAUAGAUGACAUAAAUCAUGAUUACUUUGACAAGGAGUUCAACACGUUGAAAGCACUUAAAUGCAUGAUGAACCAAAAGCUAGGAGCAGAACGAGUGAGGAAUGAAAUAAAUUCGUACGUAAGGGCCAUCUCUGGGUCGUUACUAUCUCCUCGAAUUUUGACUAGGAAAAUAGCGACGGAGUCCUUGACGUUUAUGAUUGUAUAUUACAGUCAUAAUGAUGGUGAUUUACAACUGGGAAAGUAUCAUAAUAUUUUAAAGGCAUUAGAUCAAAUCCCAACCAAACCAUAUUAUGAGUUCGAAUCUGCUGAUAACUCUAACAUAAAUAAUUCCAGCAAUAGUAGCAAGAGUAAAAGAAAUUUGGUAAGGAAGCCACCAGCACCUCAAUCAUUCAAGAGAUUCGAAUUAUGGUUGAAAGUUGUCGCUAAGACUAUUGAUGGCAGAGGUAAAUAUAUGAAUUCAUUAGUUGGUGCUAGCGAAGAAUUGAAAUCUGCACAUGCUGGUUCCACUGGUAAUGGCAAUGGAAAUAUUGGCGCUGGUCAAUUAGAAAAUCACUUACUAGAAUACAGUCUUGGAACAAUGUUAUUGAUAAAUACAAUUAUACAAUACGGAAUUGAUUAUAGGGUCAGAAUUCACUUGAGAGCUCAAUUUAUUUCUGCCGGAUUGGAAAACAUUAUUGAAAAAUUUCUGGAAUUAAACUAUGAUAGUUUAAAUCAGCAAAUUUCUACCUAUUAUGCAAUGGCCGAUAACGACGAAGAGGAUUUGAAAAGUAGAGAACAUAUUGAGCAAGAUUUAGAUUUCAAUAACCCUGUUCAAUUGAUUCAGUCUUUAUGGCAGAAUAUACAAAAGGGUGGAGGUGGAGAGGCGCUGGGUUUCUUUUUAAGUGCAAUUCAACAUUUAUACCUUAAUCAAACUGAUAAGAGAGAUGACAAUGAAUCAAUGACAAGAAGCUUGAGGUUACUUGAUGGAUUAAUUCAAAAUGUGACAAUGGUCCACACCACAAAUGAUGAUUCUGCAGUUGGUGUGGCGAUGAAUCGAUUAUAUUCUAGUUUAAACACUGAUGAGAUGUUUAAAAAGGCUCAACAAGAGAUCAAAGUUUAUAAGAAAAAGGCGGAACAGGCAAUCACUGAAAGAGAUGAAAUGUCUAGACAACUUUCUGUUGGUACUGAUGGCUUGAUCAAUCAAUUGACUAAUGAAAUUAAGGAGCAAGAGAAUGUAUUACAUCGGACUAGGAGGUUGAACGACGAAAUGUCAACCGAAUUGGAAGAAUUGAAAAAGAAACAUCUUUUGGAUAAACAAGAACAAGAACUAGAAAUGAGAGAAUUGCUAAUUAUGUUAAACAAUAAUUCCACCUCUAUAACUGGUGCCACUAGAGGCGAAGGUAAAACGACGUUGCAAAUCGAAACAAAUAAUGAAAAUUUGGUUAAGAAAUUGCAAAAACAAAUUCAUAGGAGAAAGGCUGAAUAUAAAUUGGACAAUAGGCAAUUUGGCACUCAAGUGGAACCAAGUUCUAGAUUGAGAGCAUUAAGAGAGCAGAUGGGAGACUUGGAAAACAUGGCUAGAGAACUAGAAAUGACAGACUUUGAAAAUUACAGUGCUCCUAUUGUUGAGGAAAUUACAACACCUCCUCCGAUCGAAGAAGUCGCGGAAGAAGAGGAAGAUGAAGAAGAAGAAUAUGAGGAUAUUGUAUUGCCUCCGCCAGUUCCAAAGGGUCCUCCAAGAGCUUGUAGGGAAGAUGACUUGGAGACAUUGGAUAAUUUGAGAAAGAAGCUCUCAUCCUUACAAAGUGAAUCAAAUGACAUUAUGAAAUUCAACAACAAGUCAAUUUACAACAAACAAAAAUUUUUAGCUAUGGAGAGAUUAAGAGAAUUAGAGUUCAAUUUCAAGGAUCUCAAUAUCGAUUUUAAUAGUAAUGAGGAAGAUUUUGAUUUCGUUGACCCAGUAUUGAAAGCAAAGAUUCAGGAAGAAUUAAAUGCAGUCGAAAGAUUAAAAGCUGAUUUAGAAUCCAAAUUGGUAUCACUUAAUAAAGAAAAACAAAAACCUAGCAGUGGAACAAGCAAGUCAGAUAGGAGAAAAUCUGUCAUGUUCACAGGUAACAAUGUGCUUGAAAAAUUGGAAGAGAAGUACACAAGAGGUCAAGUUCAAACUGCAACAGCAGAUACCGGAACAAAUAUGGAUAAUACUAGAGGCUAUAAAAAUAACAGAAAAACUACAAUUGGUGGUAUGGAUCCUAAGUUCUUAAUGGAAUUGAGCUCUAAGGUUAAUAAGGCACCCUCUAUUGAAGAAUCAGAGGGGCUGACGGAAGUUAAAAAGAUUGAAGUGAUCCAAGAAAGCAUAGCUGAAAAGGUUGAAGAGCCAGCGGAAGCGGCUGACGUUUCACCUGUUUCUACGGCUGCCCCAGGUCCUGCUCCACCACCACCACCUCCUCCUCCUCCCUUGCCUCCUAUAUUGGGUGGUAAAGAACCUUCCCCUCCUCCACCUCCUCCACCUCCACCGCCUCCUCAACCCGCAUUCUUAUCUGGAUCAACUUCCCCUACACCUCCUCCUCCUCCUCCAGCACCUCCACUCCCAGAAGUCAAGUCAUCUGAUAGAAAAAGUCGUGAGGAAGCUCCAAUCCCUCUUCCGGGUCCAUUCGAUAUGUAUCCAAGACCUAAGAAGAAGUUGAAGCAAUUGCAUUGGGAAAAGUUUGAUAAUGAUACUAAUAAUUCUUUUUGGAAGGAUACUAAUUCGAAUAUAGUUGCGUCCGAUUUAAUGUCAAAGGGUGUUUUCGAUGAAAUUGAAGUGAUCUUUGCGGCAAAGGAAAUUAAAAAAUUGGCAACAAAAAAGAAAGAAGAUAUUAACAAACUUACCUUUUUGUCUAGAGAUAUUGCUCAACAAUUUGGAAUUAACUUGCAUUCAUUCAAUAACGUUCCAGACGAAGAAUUGAUCCUCAAGAUAUUGCGCUGUGAUAAAGAUGUAUUAAAUAAUUCUUCAGUUAUAGAAUUCCUUGGUAAAGAAGAUAUUGUACAUGUUUCUAAUACCUUGGCAAGGAAUUUUGAGCCCUAUGCUACUGACUAUACAAGUGAUGAGACUCCGUCAAGACCUGACAAGGAUCCACUUGAAUUACAAAGGCCAGAUAGAAUAUACUUAGAAUUGUUUUACAAUUUACAACAUUAUUGGAAGUCGAGAGUCAGGGCAUUGAAGGUUGUUCUAAAUUUUGAGAAAGAGUAUGAAGAUAUGAUUCUCAAGCUUAGAUCUAUUGAUGAAGCUGUGGAGAAUAUUAAGAAUUCAAAGCAUUUGAGAAGCGUUUUCGAUAUUAUUUUGGCUGUCGGUAACUACAUGAAUGACAGUACAAAACAAGCUCAGGGUUUCAAGUUAAGUUCAUUGCAAAGAUUGAGUUUCAUGAAGGAUGAAAAGAACAGUAUGUCAUUUUUACAUUAUGUUGAAAAGAUUAUCAGAAUGCAAUAUCCUGAACUUCUUGAAUUCAUGAAUGAAGUAUCAAAGUGCUUCGAAGUUUCAAAAUUUUCCAUUGAAGUCAUAGAGAAUGAUUGUAAAGAAUAUGCACAAGCAAUUAAGAAUGUACAAAGCUCUAUUGAUAUAGGAAACUUGAGUGAUCUGUCUAAAUUCCAUCCAAAUGAUAGAGUUCUAAAGGUUGUACUGCCAACUUUGCCCAAAGCGAGAAGAAAGGGUGACAUGUUAUUGGAUCAAUCUACUUAUACAUUGAAAGAAUUCAAUAAAUUGAUGAGAUACUUUGGAGAAGAUCCAACGGACUCGUUUUCUAGAAAUUCGUUUAUGAGCAAAUUCUCGAACUUCAUAGGAGAUUUCAAGAAGUCCUCGGCAGAAAACAUCAAGCGUGAAGAAGAAUUGAGAAUAUAUGAACAAAGGAAGAAACUUCUAGAAACUCCUAAGAAAGCUCUCAAAAGUAAAGCCGAUGACUCUAAGGAUAACAGUGAAGACGAUGGUGACGAUGUCAUGGAUUCAUUAUUAGAAAAAUUAAAGGCCGCAGGACCUCCUAAGGGUGAGGCUUCAUCUGCUAGAAAACGUGCUCUUAUGAGAAAGCAUCUAUUGGAGAAUAAGAAAUCAUCAAGUUUGCAAAAUUUGUUAACUGAAUUCAGUGAAGAGGAUGAAGAUAUGCAAUCCCAGGGUCAUGAUUCUAUUGGAGAACCUGUCGAAGAAGACCUGGUUAAGAGUCCAAUCACCGCGGAUAGGACACUACCAUUUUCUCCUGAGAAAGAGGCAAUAGGUAGCGAUUCUCCUAUCAAAGAACUGAACGGCGAAGAAGAUGAUGAUCUUGGUUCAAGAGCCAGAAAUUUGUUGCAGGAGCUCAGAGGACCUCCUUCUGACAGCAAUGGAUCGGAAAGAGAAUCUGCUGCACAAAAAUUGAGGCAGAAAAGAUUUAAAAAGAAGUUGUCCAUAAUAGAGAAAGAUGAAGAUGAUAACAUUAAUGAUGAAAGUUUGGUCAGCGAAAAUGCUCAACUAUAG